CGUACGGCAACACAGCGGAAGUAGCGUUAGCYGUUAGCAGSCGGCUAGCUGAUUCCUGUGUCGCUUUCUCUUUAUUUUGUAUGUUGUAGCGCGUGCAAAAAGAGAUGUGGUUUAUUUAUUUACUGAGCUGGCUGUCGCUGGUCAUCCAGAUAUCCUUCAUAACACUAGCAAUAGCUGCUGGCUUGUACUACUUGGCCGAACUAAUAGAAGAGUACACGGUAGCCACCAGUCGAAUAAUAAAGUACAUGAUACUGUUCUCCACAGGUGUGCUGGCAGGUCUCUAUGUUUUUGAAGGUUUUCCCCUGUCCAUGGUGGGGCUCGGCCUCUUUACAAAUCUGGUGUAUUUCGGUCUCCUGCAAACGUUUCCCUACAUACUCCUGAGCUCCCCAAACUUCAUCCUCUCUUGUGUGUUGGUUGUGGUGAACCAUUACAUGGCCUUCCAGUACUUUGCACAAGAGUAUUAUCCGUUUUCAGAGGUGCUGGCGUACUUCACCAUCUGCCUGUGGGUGAUCCCGUUUGCCUUCUUUGUGUCACUAUCUGCYGGAGAAAAUGUUCUUCCAUCGACCAUGCAGCAAGGAGAUGACGUGGUGUCUAAUUAUUUCACCAAGGGCAAGCGGGGCAAGAGGUCCGGGAUCCUUCWUGUGUUCUCUUUCCUGAAGGAGGCAGUACUGCCCAGCCGACAGAAAAUGUACUGAGGAGCUCAGACUUGAGGGUUCAGCCUCUCGGCGGUUGSGGGGCUGGGUGAACGUGUGCUUGUGGUUAAGAACAAGGCGAAGCAGGAAGAACAGAGGACAUUGUUUGCUAAUGYAACAAAAAGGAGGAGGAAGAGACUACCAGAAAGUGUGGACCAAUAAAUGGAAGAGAGCUUCCUGCUGGACGAGCAGACUGUUUUACACAUAUUCAUCUUUGUGUUUGGACUGACUGCCAACAACACCUACUGCAGACCUCUUAGUGGGGGUCUUUGUCUGUAGCUCAGUGCUUUUUGUAAUAUCAUGUUGGACUUUUUUAAGCUUUAGUGUAAAAAAUAUUUGGAAGAAAUGAUAAAUAAAAGAGUCGAUUUUGCCUCGGGCAGAUAAAUCAUGAUCACCUUUGUUAAACAGGAACUCUUUGUUGUUGUUUAUGUUUAUCUGAGUUAUUGUACAAGUUGGCAUCAAAACUAGGCAAGGAAGACGAUACGAACUCGUAUAUUGUUUUGAUGAAUAGAAUUGAUUGAAAAAAAAAAUAGAAAAAGAAUAUAGAAAGAAUGGCAAAAAGUGUUUAUUUGGCAAGUCACCUGCAAACCAAUAAGCUGAUCAUAAAUAAUGUCUGUAAGGAACAUGGUCCAAUUCAGACACACUUUGUCGUUUCAACAACACAUGGAAGAAAAAGCUAUUUAGCCUUUUUUAAUUAAGGUGUAAUGAACCCCCUCUACUGUUUAUCAUCAUUUGGCCACAAAAAUAAUUCUUCACAUAAAGUUUGUAAGGUUUUUUUUUCUCAGAACAUUCACUAAUUACCAGCACUGUGAAGUAGCUAAUUGUCUUGUUUUUGGACUGUCUGGAGGAAGGAACAUAGUUCUAUGAAUAAAAAGUAAAGGAUUUUGGUACAUUCAACAAUGAGUAAACCUAGAAUCCAAGGCGAGCGUGAAGACAUGAAGAUCAAACCUGUGCAAUGAUUUUUUUUUUUUUUAAAGAUGUUGGGUGUUUGGGACAAAAGAUGCAUAAACUAGUUUUUAUGAAAGAAAUAAACCUUAAAAGAGGCUAACAUUUUUCUUACCAUUUACAAAGUGUGAUGCAUCAAAAACUGGUGUUCAUCAAAUGUGAAUAAACAAUUUUGUUGAGCUAA